AUGUUCCAGGGGCUGGAGAACGAGGGCGGCAAGCCAAAUUCCAGGGGAAUGAAACCACCUGGAGGAGAUUCAAGCAAUCUCUUUGGAACUCCAGAAGAAGUUACUCCUUCAAAUAAGCCAAAUAGAAUGGCAUCUAAUAUUUUUGGAGCAUCCAAAGAACCUCAGAAUACACCUAAAAGGUCAAAUCCUCCAGGAGGCAAAGAAAGUGGUAUCUUUGAAGAGCCUUCUCCUGUGCAGGCUCGAUAUCGUUUGAAUCCCCCUGGUGGGAAGACCAGUGACAUCUUUGGGUCUCCAGUCACCAUUACUGCGCCCUUAGCACACCCAAACAAGCCCAAGGAUCAUAUUGUCUUACGUGAAGGUGAGGACACAAAAUUGCAACUCAGAGGUGAGAAGACAAUUUCUAUUCCCUCUCUAGAAGAACGUGAUGAGAAAUGUGACAAAGGAAAGGAGGAACAAGCCAAGGAAACUGAAUCUAAAAUCAAGAUUGACAGCCAUGAGCCCAGGCUGGGCCCCAGGCCUCGAUCACACAACAAAGUCCUCAACCCCCCAGGUGGAAAAUCCAGCAUCACUUUCUACUAAA